AUGGCUGAAGAAGGUGUUGCAACUUUUACUCAGGCAAAGUGGAACUUUCCGGUCCUUGUUUUGUUCAAAGAUGCUUGGAUUGUCCUCAAGUUAGACACACUUGGUCGAGAAAUACUUUCCAUUGCUCUUCCAGCAGCCAUGGCAUUAGCUGCUGAUCCUAUUGCUUCAUUGAUCGAUACCAUGUUCAUUGGUCGUAUAGGUCCAGUAGAAAUUGCUGCAGUUGGAGUAUCUAUCGCUCUUUUCAAUCAAGUUUCAAAAGUAGCGAUAUUCCCACUUGUUAGUAUUACAACUUCAUUUGUCGCUGAGGAAGAGACUAUAGAAAAAAUGAACAUUAAAGCAAUUGAACUUGAGAACCAAAAGAACGCGACAGAAGAAAGGACAAUAGAUGAUGUAAAACUUCAGAAUAUGGAAAAUGGUUCUAAAGAAAAUAGUGAGAAAAAAGCAUCUGAUGCGCCAGAAGAUGGUUCUAAAAUGACAAUUAUGGAGUGCACCCCAGAUGCACCAAAGCUCAAAAAAUUAAAGCGCAAGAUCCCCUCGGCAUCAACAGCACUAUUGUUUGGUCUAGUGCUUGGUGUUCUUGUAACCCUACUACUUGUAUUUCUAUCAAAACCGCUCUUAGGUUUGAUGGGUGUGAAAUCUGGUUCUCCGAUGUUAAAACCUGCACUGAAGUAUUUGACUCUACGAUCGCUUGGAGCUCCAGCUGUUCUUCUCUCUUUGGCAAUGCAAGGUGUCUUUCGUGGUUUGAAGGAUACUAAAACUCCUUUAUAUGCCACUGUUAUAGGUGAUGUAGCGAACAUAAUCUUGGAUCCAAUUUUUAUGUUUGCCUGCAACUUAGGCGUUGCUGGGGCAGCCAUAGCACAUGUUCUUUCCCAAUACUUGAUCAUGUUAAUUUUGCUUGUCAAAUUGAUGAAUCAAGUUAACCUACUACCUCUAAGCACUAAAGCUUUACAGUUCAAUCGGUUUCUUAAAAAUGGUUCGUUAUUGUUAUUUAAGGUUAUAGCGGCAACUAUCCCUGUAACACUUGCAGCAUCGCUUGCUGCGAGGUUGGGUGCAACACCUAUGGCUGCGUUUCAAAUUUGCUUGCAGGUCUGGUUGACAUCUUCACUUCUUUCUGAUGGUUUGGCUGUUGCUGGACAGGCCAUAAUUGCAUCAUCAUUUGCUGAAAAGGACAAUGAGAAAGCAACAGCAACUGCAUCUCGAGUAUUGCAGAUGGGAGUGGUUAUGGGUCUUGGAGUUGGUCUUCUUGUCGGACUUGGUUUACAAUUUGGUUCUGGUGUGUUCACAAAAGACAUAAAUGUUAAGCACAUCAUAAGCAUAGGUGUAUUGUUUGUUGCUGGCACACAACCUAUCAAUUCAAUAGCAUUCGUGAUUGAUGGAGUUAAUUUUGGGGCAUCUGAUUAUGCUUAUUCUGCAUACUCCAUGAUCUUCGUGUCUAUCGGGAGUAUCGGGUCUUUGAUGGCCCUAUACAUAGUUGCUGGUUUUAUUGGAAUAUGGUCCGCGCUAGCAAUUUUCAUGGCCUUACGUGCAAUUGCAGGCACAUGGAGGAUUGCAACAGGAACAGGGCCAUGGUCGUUUCUUAGACAGUAG